CAAUCAAAUCAAAACAACAACAAUGACUUCUGCGGAGCAGCAGCAGAACAAAACAGAGAGCAGGACAAUGAAUCCCACAAAUGAAUCUGAUCGGGUCCGAGAAAUCAAACGCGCCGGCCAGCACAGCCGUACCUCGGAGCGACCGUCGACCUCAACAAUCUCUUCGCGUCUGCUGGCGCCCACAGCGGCCUCUCGCGCGCGUGUUGCUGCUACUCUGAAUAACAGCAACGAACCCGAGAAACAUGAGCAGAAACCACAUGUGCGCAAGCAGGAAUCUGGACCCAGCGUAUUGCGUCAACGUCAGAGCACCAGCAGACGGACUACCUCGCUACAGUCUUCUACUUCUUCCGCCUCAAGCACCGCGUCAAGACGACCGCCUUCUUAUGCUGCGCCUACGCGUAGCUCACUCAUGCGAUCUGGAAGUCUUUCUACUUCAGCUACGACCACACGUCCUAUCGUGCAUAAAAAGAAUCCCGAACAAAAGUCCGCUGUGCUGUCCGACAACCAAGCUACCCCUAUUUCGCCCCACAGUCCUGUAGUGAAGAGAACUUCGUCUAUUCAGCAUCCUCCGACUAAAGUUCUAGAGGAAAGUAGCUGUCGAUUGGACUGGGAGGAAAAACUAGCGGUUUUGACAAAGGAAGCUUCUGAAAAAGACAAAGCGAUCGCUGAUCUGGAAGCGAGAUUGGCAGCACUGGAGGAAGAGCUUAAGAAAGCAUUAUCACUCAACAAGGAGAAAGAUGCCAGGAUUGAAAACCUUGAGCAUGAAGUCUCUUAUAGUCGGCAGAUGGAAAGAAGCACUUCGUCGGAGAGCUCGAAAUCUAGUCGAAAGAGUUUAAGUACUGGCGUCGAUGUUGCUAAUAUUGUCAAGAAGCUCGAUCACCAAUCGGUAUGUCCAGAUGUCUUCCAGCAUCAUUUAUUUGUCUCAUUUUUCUUGCUAAUUUUUGUACAAUUUUAGAAUGCUACAGUGCAAAGUAGCGAACAGCCUCCACCCCCACUUGCAAAAGCCAGACCGAAAAGCAGGCCCUCGGAAGAUGAUACCACUCUGAUCCGACUACGAAAUGAAGAACUCGAGAGCCAAACAGCUAAGCUUCAGAGUAAUGCAGAGUUCAUGGUUCGUGAGCUGCAGGCUGCUUCCAACGUCAUUCAGAGUCUGGAAGGCGAGCUUCGCGAAAGGGAGGAUAGGAUCGAAAGUAUGGCCGGCGAAAUUGCACUUCUAAAGGAGCAUGUGGACACGCGGCCAUCUGAUACGACGCAUUCAGUGUCUGUAGAGGAGUCUGGUGAUCUUUCGUUAUCCGAGGAAGACGAGACUCCGCCGAGUAUUGAUCCUGUGAUCGAAGAACCUGUGGGUGCCGAGGAUACUGCUACAUUUGAGAUUGAGGAAGUGACGCUAGACUGAAUUUCCCCGAGAACUCGCUUCAUUUACAUUAGUACAAGUGUAUAA